ACAGCAACUAAUUAAUAAUUGAGUCGAACUAUAAGUAGACAAGAAUUCUUAAAAAAACAAAAUUUACUACCAGUUGGAGUUUUUAUAGUAAUAAGUGAUAGAAGUAGUAGAAAAAUAUGGAAAGAGGAAAAGGAAGAGGAAGAGAAGAUUCAGAAGAAGAGGAGGAGUAUAAGGUUGAGGAUCUUAAUGAAGAAAGUUCCAAUUUGAACACAAACAGAUUGGGGUCUAAUUGGAAGAAUAGGUUGAAGCUGCUGAGGAAUUACUCUAGUCUUGACACAAGUGUUAGUGUUAGAAAUGGACAAGGCAGAGAAAGUAGUGCUGAUGGUACAGCCAGGGGAUUACUUAUUCACCCUGAUAAUUGGUGGUACUUAGUGUGGACGCAAUUCAUUCUGAUAUGGGCAGUGUACUCCUCCUUCUUCACUCCCUUGGAGUUUGGCUUCUUCAGAGGACUCCCUGAAAAUCUAUUCCUUCUCGAUAUCGCCGGCCAACUUGCUUUCCUCAUUGACAUCCUCGUUCUCUUCUUCGUUGCCUAUCGUGACUCCCAUUCUUACCGCAUGGUCUAUGAUCGUAAACUCAUCGCCAUUCGGUACUUGAAAUCUCGUUUCCUGGUGGACUUGCUAGGUUGUUUUCCCUGGGAUGCUAUAUACAAGGCUUGUGGCAGAAAAGAGAUAGUUAGGUAUAUCUUAUGGAUCAGGCUGAGCCGAGCGCUUAGGGUGACAGAAUUUUUUGAGAAGUUGGAGAAAGACAUCCGUCUGAAUUAUCUGUUUACAAGGAUCAUAAAGUUAUUUGUUGUCGAACUGUACUGCACUCACACAGCUGCCUGCAUCUUUUACUAUCUGGCUACUACAUUGCCUCCAUGGGAAGAAGGUUAUACAUGGAUAGGAAGUUUGAAGAUGGGUGACUAUAACUAUGUACAUUUCCGAGAGAUUGAUCUAUGGACUCGGUAUAUCACAUCAUUGUACUUUGCUGUUGUUACGAUGGCAACUGUUGGUUAUGGAGAAAUUCAUGCAGUCAAUGUACGGGAAAUGAUAUUUGUGAUGAUCUAUGUCUCUUUUGACAUGAUUCUCGGUGCCUACCUGCUCGGUAACAUGGCAGCAUUAAUUGUAAAAGGAUCGAAAACUGAAAGGUUUAGGGAUAAAAUGGCAGAUCUUAUAAAAUAUAUGAACAGAAACAAGCUGGGGAAGAGCAUAAGCAAAGAGAUCAAAGAUCAUGUCAGGUUACAGUAUGAGAGCCGUUAUAAUGAGUCUUCUAUUCUACAGGAUAUUCCAGUUUCAAUUCGAGCCAAGAUCUCGCGAAAAUUAUAUGAGCCCUACAUCAGGGGAGUCCCGCUUUUCAGAGGUUGCUCGCAGGAAUUUAUCAAACAGAUUGCAAUCAGAGUACAUGAAGAAUUUUUCCUUCCAGGGGAAGUGAUUUUAGAACAAGGUAGCAUGGCAGAUCAACUGUAUUUUUUCUGUCAUGGUAAAGUGGAAGAACUUACAAAUUUGGAAGAAAAUGAAACUGAAGAAUCUCUCCUGGAUCUUCAAACGUACAACUCUGUUGGUGAAAUUUCUGUUCUUUGCAACAUUCCAGUUCCGUAUACAGUUCAAGUUUCUGAACUAUCUCGACUACUACGAAUUGAUAAACAAGAUCUAGUGGAGAUUCUGGGAAUAUACUUCUCCGAUGGGCGUGUGAUCAUCAAUAACCUCAUUGAGGGAAGAGAGUCAAGCCUUCGGAGUAAGAUUUUGGAGUCAGACAUAACUCUAAAUAUUGCAAAACAUGAAUCUGAGCUGGCCAUGAGGUUGAACUGUGCUGCUCAUGACGGAGACUUGUAUCGACUAAGUCGUUUAAUUGGUGCAGGAGCAGAGCCAAACCGAACUGAUUAUGAUGGAAGAUCACCUCUGCAUGUAUCUGCAUCCAAGGGACAUGGAGAUGUUACCGUUUUCCUUAUCCAAAGAGGAGUGGAGAUUAACGCUAGAGAUAACUUUGGCUGCACUCCAUUGCUUGAAGCUGUCAAGAAUGGCCAUGAUCAUGUGGCUUCUUUGCUGGUGGAAGCAGGGGCACUACUAGGUAUAGAUAAUGACGGGACUUGCCUUUGUGAGGCGGUUGCAAAAAGGGACUUAGAUUAUUUGAGAAGACUUUUGGCCAACGGCAUCAAUCCCAACUCCAAAAAUUAUGACUUGCGAACACCACUUCACCUUUCUGCAUCAGAAGGGUUGUUUCCAAUUUCAGUAUUACUGUUAGAAGCUGGGGCUAGUGUCUUUGCGGUGGACAGGUGGGGAAAAAGUCCACUUGAUGAGGCUCGAGUAGGCGGAAACAAGAAUCUUAUUAAGUUACUGGAAGAUGCAAAGGGUAGUCAGUUGUCAGAAUUUUCUCCAAGUUUUAGUAGAAGUCAAGAUGAAGGACCGCGAGUUAGAUGCACAGUGUUCACAUCGGAAUCUAGUGAUCUCAAAGACAAGGGAAGAAGAGGAGUCAUUCUAUGGGUACCUCGAAGCCUUGAUAAGCUCAUUAACACAGCAAAGGACCAGUUAAGAGUUUCAUCAACGAAUUGUAUUGUAGUGUCAGAAGAUGGAGCCAAGAUCCUGGACACAAAUAUGAUCUCUGAUGGUCAAAAGUUGUUUCUAGUUAGCGAAAGCACAUCAAGUUUUUAAAAUAAGUACACUAUCCAGUACAUUAUAACUUCCCAUGUGCUCUUAGAGGAAGGGAAAAACAGUGUAAUAUAGUUGUAAUAUGUAAUAACUGAAUAGACAAUGUAGUACUGAAACCAAAUGUUGGAGCUUUCUGGCAACACCAAGACUAUGAGCUCAUCAUUGUGAUUUAAAGCAGCAUGGAAAAAAGUUGGGGUUGAGGAGAGCACAUGGUUAUCAUCUCAUGUAUAUAUUAUAUUUGUUGAUGAUGAAUCGUGGUUAAAUCUUGAA